AUGCGCGACAUGAAACCUCUGAUUCUCCCCAAGCUGGUGGCCCAGCGAAAGUCCUCCAAGAGCUCUCUCGACAUGUCUCACGACCCCGCCUCCUCCGUACAUUCGAGUACCGACUCUGGCUUCUACUCUGCCUCCGAAUGCUCCACCCCGCCCACCCCAAGCUUCUACCGCGGCCAUCUCCGCUUCCCCAGCUCUACCUCGUCGUUGUCCUCAAGUCCACCGUCAUAUGAACUCGCCGACAGCCUUGGUCCCAACGCCUCGGGCAAGCUGCCCCAGCUCACCGAGGACGUCGAGCGCGAGGAGGACUACGUGACCAUCUCCCCACGUCACUGUAAGUUGCAGCAUGACUCAGACCUCUAUGAAGACCCUGCUGUGGCAGAUGCUUACGACUUUGCUGGUACUGGCUACGAGUCGCCCAACUCGAAGCGAAGGCGGUCCACUGAAGCGUCUGCGCAAAGUGUCACGCACAAGCUUGAGCGCAGCUUCCCUUCCUUCUCACGCAAGAUUCGAGAGCGCAAGAGAGCAUCGACCCUCAAUGGCAAAUCCAGGAGUGCUACUCCCUCCAGAGCGCCGUCGACGCGGGCAUCGUCAAUGACCAGCUCCAUCCACCAGAACCAAAGUUAUGACCCAAUGGAGCUUUUUCCGCCCAAGUCAACGUCAGCUGCGACCAGCCGUGAGCAGCUCGUGGAGUCCAUGGCUUCCUCUCCCAUCGACAUCGCAAAGGCCAACGCAUUCGACGCUGAUGUCGACGAAAUCGACUCAGAGCGCUAUGCAACCACUCCUCUUUUGCCACCUCUACUGGUCAAGACUCGCUUCGACGACGCGCCUGCCCACUCGCCCCUUCAGUCUCCUACCAUUGCCACGGUCGACCCCAUGCAGUCUCUAGUCUCUACUCCCGUGGAUACGCCUGCGGCUCGCGCUUAUCCUACUCCGCCACUGUCGACAAAGGCCUCCAUCGCCUCUUUCAAGACAUCUCGCAUCAGUCCCCUAGUACCCUCGAACGAGAUACCAAGUCUUGCAUUAGCCGAUCCUGAUGACAAAUGGGCCUUGGUUCUCGGGCACAACAACUUUACCAUCCACCCAGAACCCUACAUCCCUGAAGUUUGCGACGCGGCUGCCCUCCGGCAAUUGUUUGCUGAUUGGGAACAAGCGCGCUGCAACUUUACCAAGCACCAGGUCCGCAUGGCUGAGCACAAUGGUCCUACGUCAAAAGCCUACCUGCUAUGCGAAAAGAAGUGGAUGGAAAUCGACGCCCUGUGGAAGAGGAACAAUGACGUUGCUAAUUCCCGUGCGACCGAGCUGGGCGAGGACCCUGAACCGUCGUCUCCAAUGGAGCCGGCCCCACUUAGCAAGAUGCCCACGCUUAAUGACCCAAAAGGCCAGGGUAAAUUCCCAAAGCUCGGGGACGAAGACAUUGUCGGUCCCAUGGUUCAGUUCGCCGCCUCACCACUUCUCCAGCGCACGCCACCGCGCAAGCGCGCUUUCUUCAAGUUCCUCAGCGAUCUCAAAUUCCCUGGUGCGCUCCUCGGCAGGUCGUCCACCGGUAUGCGCGGCCACUGA